AUGACAGACAGCGUUGCUUCCCUUUUCUCGCUGACCGGCCAGACGGCCGUCGUCACUGGUGGAACAAGAGGCAUUGGACAGGCUAUGACCAUUGCUCUUGCAGAGGCUGGUGCCGAUAUUGUGCUCAUCCAGAGAGACGAGUCCAACACAUCAACGCGCGAUGAAAUCAUUAAUCGCAUUGGCCGGAAGGCGUCAAUUCACGUUGCGGAACUAUCGAACCGAGAGGCAGUCAAGAAUAUCAUUCCGGCAUUAACAAGUCAAGGCAUCAAGCCUCAGAUCCUUCUGAACUGCGCUGGGAUUCAAAGGAGACAUCCUAGUGAGAAGUUCCCGGAUGAGGAUUGGGAUGAGGUCAUCCAAGUCAACCUGAGCUCCGUCUUUACACUCUGCCGCGAAUUUGGCGCCCACCUGUUGUCCCUCGAUGCCUCUGAAUUCUCUAAUGGCCACCGUGGCUCCAUAAUCAACGUCGCAUCUCUUCUCACCUUCCAGGGAGGAUUCACCGUCCCCGCCUACGCCGCCUCCAAGGGAGGUGUUGCUCAGUUGACCAAGGCUCUGUCGAACGAAUGGGCAUCCAAGGGUAUCAACGUCAACGCAAUUGCCCCCGGAUAUAUCGCCACAGAUAUGAACGUUGCUCUUAUCAACGACUCAAACCGCAAUGCAGGUAUCAUGGCCCGGAUUCCGGCUGGGCGAUGGGGAGCGCCGGAAGACUUCAAGGGCGUAAUUGUGUUUUUGGCAAGCCGGGCCAGCGGCUAUGUUUCAGGUGAAGUGAUUACUGUCGACGGAGGCUGGAUGGGUCGGUAG